CUUGUCCCCUGUACGCGUAUAUUGUGGCAGAGAGUCAAGGUAGAGCUGAAACAAGCUUUCACUGUUAUAAAUUUCAUUUAAUAACUUCAAAAUAUUGUAGUGAUAUAUUUUCUAGCAUUUUAAAAAGUAAAUUUAAUAAAACUUUGUCUUUGACUUCUAAUUAUUAAUUUGUUUGUAACUCCAACUCCAAUCUCCAAUGCUACCUGUUUGCUGUGAUUAUCAAAGAAACUCUUCCUCUUUGUGACAUUUUAGUAUCUAAAAUAUAAAUGUGUGUAGCAAACAUUUCUGUUUUUUUAAAAAUCUGUUCAAAUACCCUAUUACUUAACACGAAGUAUCUUGUUAAUAAUUGACCAUCAAUAUCAUUGCAAUUCUCUAACUUGAUUUUUAAAAAAUAUUUUUAUUUUAUUUUAUUCUGCAUCAGAUAAAAAUGCUUCCCACUCCAGCCAAAUUCCAUUACAUCUUUAAUCUGAGAGAUCUGUCCCGUAUCUGGCAAGGAAUGCUGUACAUACAAACUGAAGAGUGCCUGACAGCUCGCACAACAAUAAAUCUGUGGAAACAUGAGGUCUGCCGUGUCAUUGAAGACAGGUUAGCUAACUCUUCUUCUUUUGUUGAGAUUCUCUAAUGAAGUCAUAUAAAAAGUGAUCAUAUUUGAAUGAAGUGAUAUAAAAGGUGGACAUAAUUAAACGAAGUGAUAAAAAGGUGGACAUAAAUUAAAUAAAGUGGUCAUAAUUAAAUGAAAUGAUAAAAAAGUUGGACAUAUUAAAGUUUAAAUAUAAAUGUAUGACUGUAUCAAUAUUUUAAUUUUAGUAUUUGAUAAUGAAUUUGAAUUUUUUAAAGUUAGUAUAUUAAAUCUAAUGGACUGACUUUACACAUUUUAAAAUUACUUAAAUUCAAAUGGACUGACUUUAAAAAUAUGAAAAUUACUAUUCAAAUGGAGUGAAUUUACAAAUAUUAAAUUACUUUAAUUUAAAAGGACUGACUUUACAAAUGUUAAAAUUACUUUAGCUCAAACCGACUGACCUUACAAAUAUUAAAAUUAAAGCAGUGUGCACAGCAUAAAACAUUUUAAUUUUAUUUUCAAUUAUUCUAUUUACUUGAGACAUUCAAUCAGAUUUUAAUCACAGGAUAUAGAGAUUCCAGACCCUUCAUGCAAUACAAUAAUUUAACACAAUUAAUUAAGAAAUUAAAUGUAAGCAUAUUUAUGGUAGAAAUGUAAACAUAAGUUGCUUGUUAAACUCUGUCUAUAAUUGAUUAUGAUGAAUAUUAAAAAAUAACUUACAAAUUCUUUGAUAUAGUUAAACUCACAUUUAGUUCAAACAGUUUUCAAAAGUUAAGUUUACUGAAAUAUUAUAUGAUUGUAAAUCUAUAAAUGGACUGACAGUCUUAUCAACCUGGCGCUCCCUACUGACAGAUGUCAAAUAUUGCUGGCCAUCCUUCCUAGGUUUGUGAAUGAAGAAGACAAAGUCUGGUUCCAGGAGACCUUGUAUACAGUCAUUGCAGCUGAGAUAAACCCAGAAACCGCUGGUCUCAUGCUGCCUCGCCCCCACUUCGUGGACUUCAUGAGGGACAUCAAUGAG